AGAAGUUGUCCACUACAGAGGAAGAAAGAAAAGUAAGCCUGUACGUCAGACUGGUUCUUGAAUCUCUUUCUAACACAGUGGUGUUCCAGAAGAUGAUAAAGAAAUGAUAGCAGCUCCAGAAAUACCAACUGAUUUUACUCUCCUCCAGGAGUCUGAAACACACUUGUCUUCCGAUACAGACUUUGAGGAUAUUGAAGGAAAAAACCAAAAACAAGGCAAAGGAAAAACCUGUAAAAAAGGAAAAAAGGGGCCAGCAGAAAAGGGGAAAAGUGGAAACGGAGGAGGGAAACCUGGUGGUCCGAAUCGGAUGAAUGGACAUCACCAACAGAAUGGUGUGGAAAACAUGAUGCUGUUUGAGGUAGUUAAAAUGGGCAAGAGUGCUAUGCAGUCUGUAGUGGAUGACUGGAUAGAGUCAUACAAACAUGACAGAGAUAUAGCACUUCUUGAUCUCAUUAACUUCUUUAUUCAGUGUUCAGGCUGCAAAGGGGUUGUUACAGCAGAGAUGUUCCGGCAUAUGCAGAAUUCUGAAAUCAUCCGAAAAAUGACUGAGGAAUUUGAUGAGGAUAGUGGAGAUUAUCCAUUAACAAUGGCUGGUCCCCAGUGGAAGAAGUUCAAAUCCAGUUUUUGUGAGUUCAUUGGAGUACUCGUCCGACAAUGUCAAUAUAGCAUCAUAUAUGAUGAAUAUAUGAUGGAUACUGUCAUUUCACUGCUUACGGGGCUAUCAGACUCACAAGUCAGAGCAUUUCGGCACACUAGCACACUGGCAGCCAUGAAGCUGAUGACUGCUUUGGUGAAUGUGGCAUUAAAUCUUAGUAUUAACAUGGACAAUACACAACGGCAGUAUGAAGCAGAACGGAAUAAAAUAAUUGGGAAACGAGCUAACGAUCGGCUGGAACUAUUACUGCAGAAAAGGAAGGAGCUUCAGGAAAAUCAGGAUGAAAUAGAAAACAUGAUGAAUGCAAUAUUUAAAGGUGUUUUUGUGCAUAGAUACCGAGAUGCAAUUGCUGAAAUAAGAGCUAUCUGUAUUGAAGAGAUUGGGAUAUGGAUGAAGAUGUACAGUGACGCCUUUCUCAAUGACAGCUACUUAAAAUACGUAGGGUGGACUAUGCAUGACAAGCAAGGGGAAGUAAGACUCAAAUGCCUGACUGCUUUGCAAGGGCUUUACUAUAAUAAAGAGCUUAAUUCCAAAUUGGAACUCUUCACCAGUCGGUUCAAGGAUAGAAUUGUGUCUAUGACUCUUGACAAAGAAUAUGAUGUUGCAGUCCAAGCAAUAAAAUUACUCACUCUUGUUUUACAGAGUAGUGAAGAAGUUCUGACUGCAGAAGACUGUGAAAAUGUCUACCAUCUGGUUUACUCAGCUCAUCGGCCAGUAGCCGUUGCUGCAGGGGAAUUUCUGUAUAAGAAGCUUUUCAGCCGCAGAGAUCCUGAAGAUGAUGGAAUACUUAAAAGGAGGGGAAGACAAGGUCCGAAUGCUAAUCUUGUGAAGACGUUAGUGUUUUUCUUUUUGGAAAGUGAAUUGCAUGAACAUGCUGCUUAUCUUGUGGACAGCAUGUGGGACUGUGCAACAGACCUCUUGAAGGACUGGGAAUGUAUGAACAGUCUUCUGCUGGAGGAGCCUCUCAAUGGAGAAGAACCUUUAACGGAUAGACAGGAAAGCGCACUGAUUGAAAUAAUGCUUUGUACAAUUCGGCAAGCAGCUGAAUGUCAUCCUCCUGUGGGAAGAGGAACAGGGAAAAGGGUGCUGACAGCAAAGGAAAAGAAAACUCAGUUGGAUGACAGGACAAAAAUUACUGAACUUUUUGCUGUGGCACUCCCUCAGUUGCUAGCAAAGUAUUCUGUAGAUGCAGAAAAAGUCACCAACUUACUGCAGUUGCCACAGUACUUUGAUUUGGAAAUUUAUACAACAGGGCGAUUGGAAAAGCAUUUGGAUGCCUUACUGCGACAAAUCCGGGAUAUUGUGGAGAAGCACACAGAUAUAGAUGUUUUGGAAGCCUGUUCAAAAACAUACCACGCUCUCUGUAAUGAAGAAUUCACAAUCUUUAACAGGGUUGACAUUGCAAGAAGUCAGUUAAUAGAUGAAUUGGCAGACAAGUUUAAUCGACUUCUGGAAGACUUCCUGCAAGAGGGGGAGGAGCCUGAUGAAGAUGAUGCAUAUCAAGUGUUGUCAACACUGAAGAGAAUCACUGCUUUUCACAAUGCUCAUGACCUAUCAAGAUGGGACUUGUUUGGCUGCAACUACAAGUUACUGAAAACUGGCAUUGAAAAUGGAGACAUGCCAGAACAGAUUGUUAUUCAUGCACUGCAGUGUACUCAUUAUGUAAUCCUUUGGCAGCUAGCAAAAAUUACUGAAAGCAGUUCCACAAAGGAGGAUCUUCUACGUCUAAAGAAGCAGAUGAGAGUGUUUUGUCAAAUCUGUCAACACUACCUGACCAAUGUAAACACUGCUGUUAAGGAACAGGCUUUCACAAUUCUGUGUGACGUGUUGAUGAUCUUCAGUCAUCAGAUUAUGACAGGAGGACGUGACAUGUUGGAGCCGCUUGUUUACACUCCUGAUUCUUCAUUGCAAUCUGAACUACUCAGUUUUAUUUUAGAUCAUGUCUUCAUUGAUCAGGAUGAUGAUAAUAAUAGUGCAGAUGGACAGCAGGAUGAUGAAGCUAGCAAAAUUGAAGCAUUGCACAAAAGAAGAAAUCUGCUUGCAGCUUUCUGUAAACUCAUUGUAUAUACUGUGGUGGAAAUGAACACAGCUGCAGACAUUUUCAAGCAAUAUAUGAAGUAUUACAAUGACUAUGGUGAUAUUAUUAAAGAAACAAUGAGUAAAACAAGACAGAUAGACAAAAUCCAGUGUGCUAAAACACUUAUUCUUAGCUUGCAGCAGCUUUUCAAUGAAAUGAUUCAAGAAAAUGGUUACAAUUUUGACAGAUCAUCACCGACAUUCAGUGGCAUAAAGGAACUUGCUCGACGUUUUGCUUUAACGUUUGGACUGGAUCAGUUGAAAACAAGAGAAGCUAUUGCCAUGUUACACAAGGAUGGCAUAGAAUUUGCUUUUAAGGAGCCUAAUCCUCAAGGUGAGAGCCACCCACCGUUAAAUUUGGCUUUUCUUGAUAUUCUGAGUGAGUUCUCCUCCAAACUUCUCAGACAAGACAAAAGAACAGUGUACGUUUACUUGGAGAAGUUUAUGACCUUUCAGAUGUCUCUACGAAGAGAAGAUGUGUGGCUUCCUCUCAUGUCCUACAGAAACUCUUUAUUAGCUGGUGGGGAUGACGAUACUAUGUCAGUGAUUAGUGGAAUUAGUAGUCGAGGGUCGACAGUAAGAAAUAAGAAGACAAAGCCAGCAACAGGGAAGCGGAAAGUACCUGAAGCUGAAGAAAGCAGCAGUAGUGACAGCAUGUGGCUGAACAGGGAGCAGACAAUGCACACACCGGUCAUGAUGCAGACACCUCAGCUCACUUCCACAAUAAUGAGGGAGCCCAAGAGAUUGCGACCUGAGGAGAACUACAUGGGUGUCUAUCCUAUGCAGCCUGAGCACCACCAAGCUCCACUCGAUUACAACACGCAAGUAACGUGGAUGUUGGCUCAAAGGCAACAGGAAGAAGCCGCGCGACAACAGCAGGAGAGGGCAGCGAUGAACUACGUCAAGCUGAGAACCAACUUGCAACACGCGAUUCGACGUGGCACAAGUCUAAUGGAAGAUGAUGAAGAGCCGAUUGUUGAAGAUGUGAUGAUGUCAUCAGAAGGGCGGAUUGAAGAUCUCAAUGAAGGCAUGGAUUUUGACACCAUGGACAUAGACCUACCACCAUCAAAGAACAGGAGAGAAAGAACGGAACUAAAACCAGAUUUCUUUGACCCCGCUUCAAUCAUGGAUGAAUCG